AUUCUGCACGACGUUUAACGCUGCCGAGCAAAGCAGCUCAUUAACAUAGAUUUUAACAGUAUUUAUCUGUUGUUUUACAGCGGUUCAUCCAAUCAGAUCUGCUCAUUCAAUGUAGAAUCUUAAGUUUUAUAAAUAUAACUCAGGUAUAGAGAAUAUAAGCUGGAUGCUGUGGUGUUUUCCCCGCGGGCACCUGCGGGAGGUUGGGUUUCAGGCAGUGGGUGUUUAAAGGGGCGUGGCUAGAGAUCGGGCCCCGCCCCCUACACAGCCCAGCCUCAUAUGAAGAGACCCGUGUGGGCUGAAUGGCAGUAGUUCAUGUGCGACUAUCAGAAAUCUUUCCGUCCGCUCUGAGCGCAAAGAUAACUGGACAUCUGAAGCAGACACUGAUUUUAAAGGGAUUCGCGCUGCAGCUUUUCCAGAGACUCAAUCUACAGUUUAUCUAAAACUUUCGCUAAAAUUUGGGGAGGAUUAUUACAAAAUGCCACGUUCAUUUCUUGUCAAGAAAUAUUUCUCCAACAAGAAGCCAAACUACAGUGAACUGGAGAGUCAAACUGACCAACGCUAUGCAGUCGUCCCACAAUGCUUCGCUCUGGAUGACUUCCCAACCAGAGAGGGCGAUUCAGUGGUGCCCACCUAUCCCUCCAUGCUUGUGUGGACCGCCAGUGCCUUACCACUUACCUUCACACCAGUGUCACCCAGCAUUCCCUCCCCUCCUGGGCCAUUAGACCUGAGCUCUCAGUCCAGCUCCAGCAGCAGUGGAGAGGAGGACGACUGCCGUACAUCCGACCCUCCCAGCCCAGACCCCUCUGACCGCUUCCAGUGCGCCCACUGCGGCAAGUCCUGCAGCAGCCCGGCCGCGCUUUCUCGCCAUCAGCUCACGCACUGCACCGCCAGCCCGCAGACGGUCAUUACCGCUAAAGGAACCACCAGCACAACCACCAGAGCGGCCUUUCACUGCAAGCACUGUCCCAAAGAAUACAACAGUCUGGGUGCGCUCAAGAUGCACAUCCGCUCACACACACUCCCCUGUGUGUGCACCACCUGUGGAAAGGCCUUCUCCAGACCAUGGUUACUGCGAGGACACAUUCGCACACAUACUGGUGAACGUCCCUUCUCGUGCCCCCACUGUAACCGUGCAUUCGCUGACCGCUCAAACCUUCGAGCUCACCUGCAGACCCACUCCGAAGUGAAGAAGUACCAGUGUGGAACGUGCUCCCGUACCUUCAGCCGCAUGUCCCUCCUGCACAAACACACCCUCUCCGGCUGCUGUCCAUCUGCCUAGAGGACAAGACAGCUGCUUCCCGUCUUGAGCUGGGACGGCUUUGAGCCAUAAGUGAAUCUUUGGACUCGUAGAGAAUGUGCUGAAUGUACUGCCUUAUCUUUGCUUCCACAAGCCAAAGAAGAGAUGUUGUUUUUUACCAGUAUUCGUUUUAUAUGCAUUCACACAACAGUGUCUACAGCAACAGCCUGUUAAAUGUAGACUGCAGAUUUUUGUCGUGGGAAGGGGGUCCGCGGACUGGCUCUCGGUGGAUUCCCAAGAUGCACCUCGGUGCCGGCUGGUCCGGGACUGUGAGGGGGCAGCUGCUACAAAGCGUGUGUGGUGAGAGGUCAUCUCUCACCAAGAUCUCCACAGACGUGCAGGGAUGUAUUGAGACAGCUGUUGCAGCGCAGGCCUGUCGACAAAUGCAUUGGCUCUAUCUCUAGACCGAUGGCUGAAAAGCACACCAAAGACCUGUUUUAAUAAGAAGUUCAAUUAGGCUUUGGAAUUUGGCUCUGUAAUCCGAGCUUCGAGGUAUUACAUCAUUCGGCGUCUCCUGAAUGUUUUUAUAUUCUUAAAGACUGAAUAAGGUGUCAAAAACACAAAAGGAAGGUCAUUGCUUUUAGAUCUUGUUUAUAUGCAAAGUUUACUCCAAGUCAUCUGAACAGAAGAGAAUCUGCAAAGCCUGUGUCAUCUGGUCGUCUACGAACGUAUUUUUUCCAAAGCCACAAUGAUAUAUGAAGCUGCCUGUCUACAUAUUGUUUAUAUGUAGGAUUUAUAACACAAACCAAAUUCUAUGCAAUCUUUUUUAAGCAAAGAUGAGUUUAAGUGUAUUUUCACUUGCUGUUUUUUUCAAUAAAGAGAUCGGAA